AUGAAGAGAGUCAGUCACAGUGUGCCUGUUUUUGUUCAAAGGCGGAGUAUCGUAUCCAGUGUACCUCCCUUACAUCUGAUUCAAACGAGAAAAAGCAUCACCAACCAGGUUUUGCUUGAGAAAUCGUACAGUGGAGUCCGUUUGAAAGCCGUUGUCUUGUUCCGUCUGGCCAAGGUAUACCUCAAGUUCUUCAAAGAGGGAAUGGGAAGUAUAUGGACGAACUACAAAGAUCUGAGGUCCGAGGUGUACAGCCGAAACCUGUUUUUGGUCGUCAAUGGGUUGGCUGCCAACGAUAUGGGAACCGGGGACGCGAGAGAUCAAAAACUGUAUUUGAAGAACUCUUCUCUUCCACAAGUGGUGGACGAACUGGCCACUGCUGUUUCAUGUCUGGAAAACUCAGGAUCGCUGGAUUUGAGCCGAGAACAGAUAAAAAUAUCCCGUGCCCAAUUCCAGACGAUGUUGCGAACAAGAGGUGAUGUCUUCAAGCUACCGCUUUUUGCGCUUUUGUUUGGUAUUUUCGAAGAGUUUUCGCUUCCACUGUACUAUAUCUUUCCCGGCUUAAUGCCAUUCACAUGCGUGUUUCCAGCAUUUAUGAAAACGUAUUACGGAAGAAGCAUUAAGGCACAAAGAAGGCUCGCUGAAUUGCGCAAAGAGCGCACUUUUGAUGAAAUUGCUGUGCAAAACCCAUUCACAAUGACCGAAGAAGAGCUACGCUCCGUUUGUGAUUUGAUCAAGGUUGGGGCUCCUUUUUCUAGCGCCGACGGUCUAAGGGCACAAUUGCUACAAAAAUACAAGGAGCUCAUAGUGGACACACAUUUACUCCUGCGCGAUGGGGGUGUUGACAAGCUCGAUAGGCUGGAAGUUUUUUUUACCUGUCUAGACCGCGGUCUGGUGGAUUGGGAGCAAGUUUUGUACCAAUUGAAAGACCGCGAAAAAACAUUAUAUGAAUCGUUAGACGAGACACUAAUGCGCGAAAGACUACGUGCUCAUCUGGAGCGAUUUGGUAAGCACGGCUACAACGUAGGCCUUGUUGGGCUUUUCUGA